UGUUUGAUGAAAAUCCUAAUAAAAUUUUUUUUACAUUUUUUAUUUUGAAGUAGGAAAAGGAGAAGUGGUGUAAUCAGGCACGGCAAGUUGUAGAUUACUUCCGCUAUUCUCCGGAAUAUCCAUCUGUCAAGGCAUGCAAGAAAUUUGUCUCAUCAAGAUAUUUUUGGACGGCUGUGAUUGAUUUCAGAUGAAUUUGUUUUAUUCGUCUGCGAUUGAAGGAAUUGGAAGGGCAAUUCAUCAACGAAGCCAUGACAGCAGACUAUAAGCAGGAGCAGGACAUGGAAAUUGAAGCCUUGGAAGCAAUCCUUAUGGAUGAGUUUAAAGAAAUUCAUUCAAGUGAAAGUGGCCUGAACACUUCAAAUCGUUGCUUUGAGAUAACCAUCUGUCCUCAGGAUGACGAGGCAGAUGAUUCAAAUAUCCCAUCAGUUCGGUUGGCCUUGAUUUUCUCACACACAGAAAACUAUCCUGAUGAACCUCCGCUUCUCAAUUGUAAAAGUUUGAAAGGAAUUCAAACAUCAGAUCUUAGAGCUCUCAAAGAAAAGCUCGAACAAGAGGCGACUGAAAACCUUGGUAUGGCAAUGGUUUACACUUUGGUUACGUCAGCUAAGGAAUGGCUUUCUGAAAGAUUUGCCCAUGAUGCUGGGGAUGAUGAUGAUGGGGAGGAUGAGGCAGCAAAAGAUGAGGUUAUUAUACCUCAUGGAGAACCUGUUACUGUUGAUUCUUUUUUGGUGUGGCGGGAGAAAUUUGAAGCAGAAUUAGCUCUUGAAAGAGCCAAGCUAAUGCCGGAUUCUGCACUUGCUGCCCCGAAGGAGAAGAGACUCACAGGCAGGCAAUGGUUUGAAAGUGGAAGGGCAUCUGCGAAAGGUGCUGCAGCUGCUGCUGAAGAAGAUGAAGAUAUCGACGAAGAUAUUGACUUUGAUGAUGAUGACUUCGAAGUUGAUGAAGAUGACAUGAUCGAGCACUACUUGGCUGACAAAGCAGAAUCUUAAAGGAGACGAAAAGAUGGUUCGAUAGGCAUGAAGGGCUUUGCUUCUUUAGCUCAUUAAACGUGCAACUAAUCUACGCAAAGAUGGUUUUUAGCCUUGGCAAGAGAUGGAACCUGGGCCUACCGCACAAUUAUACUUGUCUCGAUCAAAGCCUACACGGCACGACUUGGUACGUGAAGAGAGUGGAUUUUUUCUGUUACUAGAACUAUGUAUCGACAUCUUUAAGAGGCCCUACUAGUUUUGAACCCUCUAAAGUAUGUCAUUUGUAUCAUGGUGCUUAUUUCAAUAGUAUUUGUUUCGUUCCAAGUAGUAAUGCUUUAUACUAAAAAAAUCACAUUUUCUCAUAUUUAGUUGAAUUAUGAGUUAUUUUUAUA